GCGCUGCAGGAGUGGAAGAUGUCGAGCUCCGUGGCAUCCUACGAGCAGCUGGUACGGCAGGUGGAGGCCCUGAAGGCCGAGAACAGCUACCUGCGGCAGGAGCUGCGGCACAACUCCAGCCACCUGUCCAAGCUGGAGACUGAGACGUCGGGCAUGAAGGAGGUGCUGAAGCAGCUACAGGGGAAGCUGGAGCAGGAGGCGCGCGUGCUGCUGUCCUCGGGGCAGACCGAGGUCUUGGAGCAGCUGAAAGCCCUGCAGAUGGACAUCACCAGCCUGUACAACCUCAAGUUCCAGCCUCCCGCGCUGGGGCCCGAGCCCGCCGCGCCGCGCACCCCGGAGGGAAGCCCGGUGCACGGCCCCGCGCCCUCCAAGGACAGCUUUGGGGAGCUGGGCCGGGCCACCAUCCGCCUCUUGGAGGAGCUGGACCGCGAACGGUGUUUCUUGCUGAAUGAGAUUGAGAAGGAAGAGAAGGAGAAACUGUGGUACUACUCGCAGCUGCAGGGCCUGUCCAAGCGCCUGGACGAGCUGCCGCACGUGGAGACGCAGUUCUCCAUGCAGAUGGACCUCAUCCGCCAGCAGCUGGAGUUCGAGGCGCAGCACAUCCGCUCGCUGAUGGAGGAGCGCUUCGGCACCUCGGACGAGAUGGUGCAGCGGGCACAGAUCCGUGCAUCCCGCCUGGAGCAGAUCGACAAGCAGCUGCUGGAGGCGCAGGACCGGGUGCAGCAGACGGAGCCCCAGGCGCUGCUGGCUGUGAAGUCGGUGCCCGUGGACGAGGAGCCCGAGGCGGAGGCUCCCACGCACCCCGACGACGGCGCCCCUCAGCCUGGCAACAGCAAGGUGGAGGUGGUCUUCUGGCUGCUGUCCAUGCUGGCGACGCGGGACCAGGAGGACACGGCGCGCACGCUGCUGGCCAUGUCCAGCUCGCCCGAGAGCUGCGUGGCGAUGCGCCGCUCGGGCUGCUUGCCGCUGCUGCUGCAGAUCCUCCACGGCGCCGAGGCGGGCGCGGGAGCGAGCGCACGCGCCAGCGGCCCGGGGACGCCGGGCGCCAAGGACGCCCGCAUGCGCGCCAACGCGGCGCUGCACAACAUCGUCUUCUCCCAGCCGGACCAGGGCCUGGCGCGCAAGGAGAUGCGCGUGCUGCACGUGUUGGAGCAGAUCCGCGCCUACUGCGAGACCUGCUGGGACUGGCUGCAGGCGCGCGCCGGCGGGGGUGAGCCGGGCCCCUUGCCCACAGCGCCAGUGCCCAUCGAGCCGCAGAUCUGCCAGGCCACCUGCGCCGUGAUGAAGCUGUCCUUUGACGAGGAGUACCGCCGGGCCAUGAACGAGCUGGGUGGGCUGCAGGCCGUGGCGGAGCUGUUGCAGGUGGACCAUGAGAUGCACGGGGUGACCCGGGACCCCCUGAACCUGGCCCUGCGGCGCUACGCAGGCAUGGCCCUCACCAACCUCACCUUCGGAGAUGUCGCCAACAAGGCCACGCUGUGCGCUCGCCGGGGCUGCAUGGAGGCCAUCGUGGCCCAGCUGGCCUCGGAGAGCGAGGAGCUGCACCAGGUGGUGUCCAGCAUCCUGCGCAACCUGUCCUGGAGGGCGGACCUCAGCAGCAAGAAGACCCUGCGGGAAGUGGGCAGCGUGUCCGCGCUGACACAGUGCGCACUGCGGGCCUGCAAGGAGUCCACCCUCAAGAGCGUGCUGAGCGCCCUGUGGAACCUGUCGGCGCACAGCACGGAGAACAAGGCGGCCGUGUGCGCCGUGGACGGCGCCCUGGGCUUCCUGGUGAGCACGCUGACCUACAAGUGCCAGGGCGCCUCGCUGGCCAUCAUCGAGAGCGGCGGCGGCAUCCUGCGCAACGUGUCCAGCCUGGUGGCCACGCGCGAGGACUACCGGCAGGUGCUCCGCGACCACAACUGCCUGCAGACGCUGCUGCAGCACCUGACCUCGCACAGCCUGACCAUCGUGAGCAACGCGUGCGGCACGCUCUGGAACCUGUCGGCCCGCAGCGCGCGCGACCAGGAGCUGCUGUGGGACCUGGGCGCCGUGGGCAUGCUGCGCAACCUGGUGCACUCCAGGCACAAGAUGAUCGCCAUGGGCAGCGCCGCGGCCCUGCGCAACCUGCUGGCCCACAGGCCCGCCAAGCACCAGGCGGCCGCCACGGCCGUGUCCCCCGGCGCCUGCGUGCCCAGCCUCUACGUGCGCAAGCAGCGGGCGCUGGAGGCGGAGCUCGACGCCCGGCACCUGGCGCAGGCGCUCGGCCACCUGGAGAAGCAGGCCCUGCCUGAGGCCGAGGCCGCCGCCAAGAAGCCGCUGCCGCCCCUGCGGCACCUGGACGGGCUGGCGCGGGACUACGCCUCCGACUCGGGCUGCUUCGACGACGACGACGCGCCUUCCCUGGCCGCCGCCACCGCCGAGCCCGCCAGCCCGGCCGUGCUCUCCCUCUUCCUGGGCAGCCCCUUCCUGCAGGGCCAGGCGCUGGCCCGCACCCCGCCAGCCCGCCGCGGCCUGGAGCCCGAGAAGGAGGCCAGCGGAGAGGCGGCCGUGGCGGCCAAGGCCAAGGCCAAGCUGGCACUGGCGGUGGCGCGGAUCGACCGUCUGGUGGAGGACAUCUCGGCCUUGCACACCUCGUCCGACGACAGCUUCAGCCUCAGCUCUGGGGAUCCCGGGCAGGAGGCACCGCGGGAGGGCCGGGCGCAGUCCUGCUCGCCCUGCCGUGGCCCUGAGGGCGGCCGGCCGGAGGCGGGAGGCCGGGCGCACCCCCUGCUCCGGCUCAAGGCGGCCCACGCCAGCCUCUCCAACGACAGCCUCAACAGCGGCAGCACCAGCGACGGCUACUGCCCGCGGGAGCACAUGCGGCCCUGCCCGCUGGCCGCGCUGGCCGAGCACCGCGAGGAGCUCCCGGGCGGGCAGCCGCGGCCCGCUCGGCUCGACCUCGACCUGCGGGGCGGCCAGGCUGAGGGGCCUGCCCGGGACGCCGCCAGCACCGAUGCCCGUGUGCGCACCAUCAAGCUGUCGCCCACCUAUCAGCACGUGCCGCUGCUGGAGGCUGCGGGCAGGGCCAGUGCAGGGGCCCCCGGCGGCCCCGAGGCACCCCCCGCCGCCCGGAAGCAGGCCUGGCUGGUGGCGGAGGGCCUGAGCCAGGUGCCCGAGAAGCUGGGGGCCGGGCGGCCAGCCGCAGCCAGCAGGGUGCUGCAGAGGCUGGUGGCGCAGGAGGGGCCCCUCUCGCUGUCCCGCUGUAGCUCGCUGUCCUCGCUGUCCUCAGCCGGACGCCCGGGCCCCAGCGAGGCCGGAGACCUGGACAGUGACUCCUCCCUCGAGGGCCUGGAGGAGGCCGGCCCCGGAGAGGCAGAGCUGGACGGGGCGUGGCGCGGGCCGGGCGCCGCCUCCCUGCCCGUGGCCAUCCCGGCGCCCCGGCGGGGCCGUGGCCGGGGCCUGGGCGUGGAGGACGCCACACCGUCCAGCUCAUCCGAGAACUGCGUGCAGGAGACGCCGCUGGUGCUGAGCCGCUGCAGCUCCGUGAGCUCCCUGGGCAGCUUCGAGAGCCCGUCCAUCGCCAGCUCCAUCCCCAGCGACCCCUGCAGUGGGCUGGGCAGCGGCACGGUGAGCCCCAGCGAGCUGCCCGACAGCCCCGGGCAGACCAUGCCGCCCAGCCGCAGCAAGACGCCGCCGGCCGCGCCACCCGGCCAGCCGGAGAGCAGCCAGUUCAGCCUGCAGUGGGAGAGCUACGUGAAGCGCUUCCUGGACAUCGCCGACUGCCGCGAGCGCUGCCGCCUGCCGUCCGAGCUGGACGCUGGCAGCGUGCGCUUCACUGUGGAGAAGCCGGACGAGAACUUCUCCUGCGCCUCCAGCCUCAGCGCGCUCGCCCUGCACGAGCACUACGUGCAGCAGGACGUGGAGCUGCGGCUGCUGCCGCCCACCUGCCCUGACCACGGUGCUGGCCAGCGCCGGCGAGAAGAGGCCGCCGGACGCCAGGAGGGGCCGGCGCCCGUGGGCUCCCGCACCCGCGGGGCCACGGACCAGGAGCUGGAGCUGCUGCGCGAGUGCCUGGGGGCGGCCGUGCCCGCGCGGCUCCGCAAGGUGGCCUCGGCGCUGGUGCCCGGCCGCCGGGCGCUGCCCGUCCCGGUCUACAUGCUGGUGCCCGCCCCGGACCGGGAGGACGACUCGUGCGCCGACUCGGCCGAGGGCACGCCGGUCAACUUCUCCAGCGCCGCGUCCCUCAGCGACGAGACCCUGCAGGGGCCCCCCAAGGAGCAGCCCCGGGGCCGGCUGGACAGGCAGGAGCCCCCCGGCCUCGCGGCCCCCUCCAGCCAGGUCUCAGGGCACCGGCUCAAGGCCGGGGGCACCGGCCGAAGCCCGGAGCAGGCACGGGGCACAGGCAGGAGCCGGGCCGGGCUGGAGCUGCCCCUGGGCAGGCCCCCAAGUGCCCACUCGGACCGGGCUCGGGGGGAAGGGGGGAGGCAGUCCCUGUGCCUCACGACGCCCACCGAGGAGGCCGUGUACUGCUUCUACGACUCUGACGAGGCGCCCUCCUCGGCCGGGCCGCCCCCGCGGCGACCGUCGGCCAUCCCGCGGGCCCUGAAGCGGGGCGGGAAGGAGGCCCGGGCCCCAGCCAAGGCAGCCGCUCCGGCCCAGCCGCCCCCGCGGGCCCAGCCCCGGCUGAUCGCCGACGAGACCCCACCUUGCUACUCCCUGAGCUCCUCGGCCAGCUCUCUCAGCGAGCCCGAGCCCUGUGAGCGGCCGGCCAGCCGCCGGGGAGGCCCGGAGCCCACAGUGCCCCAGGCCCCGCGCCGGGGAGGCGGGGGUGACAGCUCCCCCAGCCCGCGCUCCGAGGAGGCGCUCCUGCGCCGCUGCAUCGGCUCGGCCAUGCCCAGGCGCCGGCCCCUGGCCUCUGGCCCCCGGCGCCGCAAGGCCCGGGCUGCCGGGCAGGACGAGCGGCCGGCGGAGGCGCCCCGGGACUGUGGCGAGGAGGCAGCCGGCUCAGACCGGGCCUCCGACCUGGACAGCGUUGAGUGGCGCGCCAUCCAGGAGGGCGCCAACUCCAUUGUCACGUGGCUGCACCAGGCGGCCGCGGCGGCCCCCCGCGAGGCCUCCUCCGAGUCCGACUCGCUCCUGUCCCUGGGGUCUGCUCUGUCCACAGGCCCCUCCCUGCAGCUCUCCAAGCGCAGGAGCAGGCGCCAGCCCGGGGCCGGGGCUGGGGCCGGGGAGGGCAGUGCCCGGCGGCCGGAGAAACGGAGCCUGGUCUCAGCCAAGAGCGGCGCGAGCCCCCGCACGCCUGGCGGCCCUGAGAAGCCACGCGCGGCUCAGAAGGUAGCGGCGGGGGUGCCGGCCGUUCUCCGGGGCCGGACAGUGAUCUACGUGCCCAGCCCGGCCACCCGGCCCCAGCCCAAAGCUGUCCCUGGCCCCCGGGCCACACCGAGGAAGGCGGCGGAGCCCCCCAGCCCGGCACAGCCGCCAGCCGCGGGCAAGGCGCCGGCGCCCGGGCAGCAGCGCUCUCGGAGCCUGCACCGGCCGGGCAAGAUCUCGGAGCUGGCGGCGCUGAGCCACGCCCCCAGGAGCGCCACGCCCCCUGCUCGUCUGGCCAAGACCCCAUCUUCAAGCUCCUCCCAGACCUCGCCCGCCGCUCAGCCUCUGCCCAGGAAGUCGCCCCCGGCCACCCCAGCUGCAGGGUCUCUGCCCGGCCCGACAGCCCCCGGCGUGCCCAAGACGCCGGCGCGGGCCCUGCUGGCCAAGCAGCACAAGACCCAGAAGUCGCCCGUCCGGAUCCCGUUCAUGCAGAGGCCGGCCAGGCGCGGGCCGCCGCCGCUGGCCAGACCCGCCCCGGAGCCCAGCCCCAGAGGCCGCGAGGGGGCAGCGGGGGCGCGUGGGGGCCGACUGGGCCUGGUGCGUGUGGCCUCCGCCCGCUCCAGCGGCAGCGAGUCCUCGGACCGCUCGGGCUUCCGGCGCCAACUGACCUUCAUCAAGGAGUCGCCCGGCUUGCUGCGCCGCCGGCGCACGGAGCUGUCCCCCGCCGCCGGCUCCGCCGCCUCCGCCUCCACCUCCCAGGGCGCGUCGCCCCGCCGCGGCCGGCCCGCGCUCCCCGCCGUCUUCCUCUGCUCUUCGCGCUGCGACGAGCUGAGGGCGGCGCCCCGGCAGCAGCCGACCAGGCCGGGGUCCGGCCCCGGCCCGCGCGCGCCCCGGCGCACCAGCUCCGAGAGCCCGUCGCGCCUGCCCGUGCGUGCGUCCCCCGCGCGGCCGGAGGCGGUCAAGCGCUACUCCUCCCUGCCCCACAUCAGCGUGGCCCGCAGGCCCGACGGCGCGGCCCCGGGAGCGCCCCCGGCGCACGCCCCCCAGCGCCGCGGGAGCGAUGGCGAGGCGCGGCCGCUGCCCAGGGUGGUCGCGCCAGGCACGACGUGGCGGCGCAUCCGGGACGAGGACGUCGCGCACAUCCUGCGCAGCACCCUGCCCGCCACGGCCCUGCCGCUCCGGGGCGCCUCGCCCGAGGAGGGCCCGGCCGGCCCCCCGCCGCGGAAGACCAGCGACGCCGUGGUGCAGACGGAGGAGGUGGCCCAGCCCAAGACCAACGCCAGCACGUCCCCGAGCCUGGAGAGCAGGGAGCAGCCCCCCGCCCCAACCGGCGCCCCGGCCGCCCUCCUGGGCAGCGACGUGGACGGGCCCGCCCCGACCAAGGGCCCUGCCCCCGCGCCCUUCGCCCACGAGGGCUUGGGUAUCGCCGUGGGGGGCUUCCCUGCCAGCCGGCAUGGCUCCCCGAGCCGCGCAGCGCGCGUCCCGCCCUUCAACUACGUGCCCAGCCCCAUGGCGGCGGCCACGGCCACCACGGACUCUGCCGUGGAGAAGGCCCCGGCCCCUGCCCCCACUGGCCUCCUGGAGUAGGCCCCGGCCAGCCUGGCGGAUGCUGUGCAGAUGCGCCUAGCAGGCCAGCUCACCGCGGCCGCACCUCGCCAAGGCCUCCUCUCAGAAGGGAAUGGGGUGCAAGUGCCCCCUAGAGGCGACCCCGGGGGAGCCACUGCUGGAACCCCAAGGCUCCCGCGGCCGAGGGGAGGGAGCAGGCUCAGGAGGCGGGCUGGGCUGUCGCGCUUAGCAGGACGGGAGCCUGCAAUUACUGCUCCUGCUAAUUCCUUAAUGAGGGCCCCGCCAGUUGGUUUCCACUCCCAGCCUCAGCUGGGGGAGCAGGGGUGUGGGCUGGAGCCCAGACAGCGCCCCAGGGAGGGCCGAGGGAAAGGUGGCAGGGAGGGGAGGGGGCCGCCAGGCUACCCUGGACCCCCACCCCCCGGUGGGGGAGGCUGGAGGCCAGCAGGCGUGUGAGAGGGACGGGUUCC